AUCGACAGUCGCAUAGAUAAAGCACUUACAGACUGCAUAGCUCUCAGUAGCUGUCAUUUGCUUGGUGUUGGGAUGGAUAUCGUUGCAGUUCCUGUAUGAACCACUCUCAGCUCCUCGCAAAGAGACUGGGGGAUAUAUUAGCUUCAUAGCGUGUCUUGCGUCUUCCAGUCCGAGAACAACAUGCAGACAGUCCCAUAGAGAUUGUUAGUUGUGUGGUAUGCGUCUCCAUUUCAUCCUGAUGCUAUUGACUCGUACUUUCCGUCCCAGCCAGAUAUAGCAGCCUCAGGCAGCCCAAGGUCCCCGGGAAGCCCGCAUCAUAUUCGAUUCCUCUGAACAGAGUCCUUGGAUCAAAACACUUCAAACCAUCUUAUCUUUGAGCCUCCAAGCAGAUCCUUCUAAUAACAUUUCCUACCACCGCAGCCCCACAACUCAGCCAUGGACAUAGUCGCUUUCGUACUGAUGUCGUCAACCGCAAAAGACCAUUUCAUCGAGCAACUCGAGACAACACACCAAGACAUGAGCGCCAGAUUCCUGCAAUAUAAAACACAGACCAGAGAGAGCACGAGGGGAGAAAGGCUUCUCGAGGAAGAAAGGGCCCUGCUCCUAGACUUGGUGAAAGAGUACGAUGCGCUGAUUCUGCGGAUACGUGUGGCGACGUUUUAUCUGCGAAUCGAACUCAUCGUGACUCGGAUUUAUACACGGAUCGCGCGAGCUUGUGUCUGGCUUUUGCUUCACGUGUUUGGAUUGGUGGUGGGAAUGAGGGCGUGUUUUUGGGCUUGCGCUGUCGGGCUUGAGUGUUUCUCGACGUGACAACUGUCUGCGAAGACUGGAUCGACUUGCCAUGACUCAAUGUGAUACGACAUAAUUCGAAUGGAAAGUAUUGGAUGUGUUGCUGGAAUGCUGCUUUCAGAGGGAGUGCGAUGGGGCAAAAUGAGAGAGGGAUAGGGUGCUGUGUUGGGGGAUAGUGGAACAAGCUGUCAAACUUGGAGACUUUUUAGGAGUGCUGGUCGAUAGAUGGACUGAAAGAGCAUAAUCUGUCUGUACGUAGCUGUAUAAUGGUAGCUAUCAAUUCGUAAUAUAUCUACGAUAAAAGAACGAGUUCUGCAGAUUUGAUCUGAC